AUGUAUCAUCCAAGAGAGUUGUACCCCUCCCUGGGGACCGGCUACCGUCUUGGGCCCCCCCAGCCAGUGACCGAGUCCAGCUUCCCGCCUGCCCUGGCAGAGGGUUACCGCUACCCUGGUGAGCUUUGGGAGGAGCUCCUACGCAGGGUGAGGGUUGCUGUGGACCUGGGCUGGCUCCUCAUUCUCCCCCCAUCUCCAGAUUUGGACACUCCCAAACUGGAUUGCUUCCUCUCCGGGAUUGAGGCUGCUCCCCGCACCCUGGCGGCUCCCCCACCUCUUCCCCCUCUGCCCCCAGCCCUGGGCACUGAGCCGUCUCCUCCGGCCCCAGAGGCCCUUCAUUCACUCCCUGGAGUCAGCCUGAGCCUGGAGAACCAGGAGCUGUGGAAAGAGUUCAAUUCUGUGGGAACAGAGAUGAUCAUCACCAAAGCUGGGAGACGCAUGUUCCCUGCUUGUCGAGUGUCAGUCACUGGCCUGGACCCUGAGGCCCGCUACCUGUUCCUUCUGGAUGUGGUGCCAGUGGACGGAGCUCGCUACCGUUGGCAGGGACGGCGCUGGGAGCCCAGCGGCAAAGCCGAGCCCCGCCUGCCUGACCGUGUCUACAUUCACCCCGACUCCCCGGCUACCGGUGCCCACUGGAUGCGGCAGCCUGUGUCUUUCCAUCGCGUCAAGCUCACCAACAGCACACUGGACCCUCAUGGCCACCUGAUCUUGCACUCCAUGCACAAGUAUCAGCCCCGCGUACACCUAGUGCGGGCCGCACAGCUUUGCAGCCAACAUUGGGGGGGCGUUGCCUCCUUUCGCUUCCCCGAGACCAUGUUCAUCUCUGUGACAGCCUACCAGAACCCACGGAUCACACAACUGAAGAUUGCAGCCAACCCUUUUGCCAAAGGUUUCCGGGAGAAUGGCAGAAACUGUAAGAGGGAGCGAGAUGCCCGUGUUAAGAGGAAACUGCGGGGCCCAGAGCCAACAGCCACAGAGGCCUAUGGGAGUGGAGAUGCACCAGGUGGUCCCUGUGACUCCACACUGGGCGGGGAUGUUCGUGAGUCAGAUCCAGAGCAGGCCCCGGCGCCCAGGGAAGCUGCCCCUGCCCCAGCUCCUCUGUGUGGUGGCUCGAGUGCUGAGGCCUACCUUCUGCACCCUGCAGCUUUCCAUGGGGCCCCCAGUCACCUUCCAACCAGGAACCCCAGCUUCCCUCAGGCUCCAGACUCGGGGCGCCCAGCCCCCUACUCAGCUGCAUUCCUAGAGCUGCAGUCUGGGCCCGGAAGCUCAGGAUACCCAGCAGCUGCACCCCCAGCACCCUUUGCCUCGCAUUUCCUCCAAGGGGGCCCCUUGCCCUUACCUUACCCUGGGGCCUAUCUGGAUAUGGGCUCCAAACCAAUGUACUGAGCCACUGCCAGGCCCCUCUGCCUCCCUCAGUCUUCCAUCACAAACUUCCAGCUCCCUUCCCCCAGGCUGUAGCCCCCUCACUUCCAUUGACCCCAUCCCCCACACCAAAUGGCUGCCUUGGGCCUCCUCCACCCCACUUCACACUUUGACUUCAUUCCCACCCCCCUCUGGCUUCAAAGCUCUGGCUAAGCUGCUGGGAGUCCAGCUGGGGCCAGCUUCCCCUCCCAGGCUCUCACCUCCGUGUGAAGAGAGGGAGGUUCUGCCUGGCCAAAUGGGGCCUUGGACCAGCACCACCAACUCCUGGCUUCACCCUUGGGCUCAGCUAGUCAUGAUUUCCUUGCCCCAGUGCGAGCCACACCAGAGUAUUUUUGUUAAUAAAACUCAAAAGACAUCAGUGCUCUGGAAA